CACACAACUCAUCAAAAUCGUCCGUUCCAUUUCCAGCAAACGCACAGAGAGAAGAGUGUUAUAAAUAUUUGGCCUCCUCUCUCUCUCCAUCUUUUCCCGACCCUUUGAUCGUCAUCAUCAAUCUUAUUCGUCUCCCAACCCUCUCUUUUCCUUUUCCUUUUCCUUGUUCCUCCGCGUACACUUUGAAUUUUCCCGGCCCUCAAAAUUAAAGUCAUUAUUAUUAUUAUUAUUCCAGAAUCUCACCCCCCCUUUUGAUUAGAUUGCGUGUCCAUACUACUUAAUCAAUCGAAUCGAUGGACGGCCACGGCCACCACCAUCACCACCAGCAGCAGCAAUAUCUUCACAAUAAUCCAUUCCAUCCCCAACCUCAGCCUCAGCCGCCGGCGGUGGGCGAGACGGCGGACAGCAGGUUCCCCCAAUGGAGCAUCCAAGAGACGAAAGAGUUCCUUGUGAUCCGAGCGGAGCUGGAUCGCACCUUCAUGGAGACGAAGCGGAACAAGCUCCUGUGGGAAGUCAUCUCCACCAAGAUGAAGGAGAAAGGCUUCCACCGCAGCGCCGAACAGUGCAAGUGCAAGUGGAAGAACCUCGUCACUCGAUACAAGGGAUGCGAGACGAUGGAGCCGGAAGCGAUGAGGCAGCAGUUCCCCUUCUACACCGAGCUCCAAUCCAUAUUCGCGGCCAGGAUGCAACGGAUGCUUUGGGCCGAAGCCGAGGGAACCGCCUCCGCCAGCGCCGGCGGGAAGAAGAAUAAGGCUGCCGGUGGAGGAGGAGGGCAGCUGUCGUCCGACGAGGACUACGAGGAGGCGGAGGAGUUAGAAGGGGACAAGCUGAUGGCUGCUACUGCUGCGGUGAAUACGAGCAGGAAGAGGAUGAAGAAAGGGAAGGGCAGUAGCAGUACUAGUGGUAAUGGCGGAGUUGGUGGCGAGGUGGCGGCGGCGAUGAAGGAGGUGAUGGAAGGGUUCAUGAGGCAGCAGAUGGCGAUGGAGAUGCAGUGGAGGGAAGCGUACGAGGCGAGGGAGAAUGAGAGGGCGGCCAAGGAGGCGGAGUGGCGGCGGACGAUGGAGGCCCUGGAGAAGGAGCGGCUGAUGAUGGAGCGCCGCUGGAGGGAGAGGGAGGAGCAGAGGAGGGCCAGGGAGGAAGCUCGCGCAGACAACAGGGAUGCCUUGAUCACCGCGCUUCUCAACAAACUCACUAGAGAUCAACAACAACCUUAGCUUAAUUAAUUGGAUCCAAGGAAAGAAAGAGGUAACUUAAUUAAAGCUUUUCGAUCGAUCGUUGGUUGGUUGGUGUUAGUUUUCGUAGUUGGAUUCAGGGUUAGAUGGAGGGAGGGAGGCAGUAGGGUUAUUCCUUAUUAGCUGAUCAGCUAGCUAGUUCACUUCAAACAUUAUGUUGUUAAUGGAAGUUUUCGUGUUAAUCAUUGUAUCAUGAGGUGACCCCAAUUGUAUUUUGUCGAGCAUUAAUUAGGAGAACGCGCUUCUAAUAACCUGAACUAGCUAAUACCUAGCCAGCAAGAAACCAGUAUUGCUUUUCCCAUCCAAACACGUUGAAGAGGAACAUUAACUUCACACUGCCCUAAUCCACGUUUGCAAGCUCCCUGUGGUGGUGUUAAUUAAGGAUUUGUAUAUUAAUUAAGAUGUGUCUGAUAU